AGAGAGAGAGGGGGGGGGUGGUAUAAGAACAGUGUGCAUGUUCCAAUUCAAAGCUUAACAAUAUCUGCGAGCUUGGAACAGCAUUUCAGUCUGUUUUGCUCUGGCGGGGAAAGGGCGAUUGAUCACCUCGAUCAGCGCAAGUUCCCACCUCCCUCCCCUGUCAGACGAAUGGGAGUGGCGACAAGCCCACAUCAUCUUGAAUGCAUUGUCACCUAUCGAUGCUGCGAUUGUUCAUUCGGGUUGCUCGCUUUUGCGCGUCCAUUCGCAACUUGGCUGUUCGUCACAUGAACUUGGUUAACUCGGCAAAAUACUUCAGGAGGCAUUGCUAGUAAGACACGGGUACACGAAGAGUGCACUGUAGGGCGUUCUACAGAGAACAGAUGUUCGUGAUGUUGAAGACGAUAACCGAAAGCUCAGAGAAUUUCUCGCUGCCGUGGCGUGACUGAGGUGCAACCACUUUACGAACGCAGCGACUCACUCCCACCCCGCAGAAGGGAUGAAAUCGCGCAGAGACAAGCUGAAGAUUCCUUCUCUGACAUUGGAUUUGUCUCCCACAUGCCAGAGCCCCGCCCCUGCCAACGUCAGCCCAUGCAGUCCAUGCAGCCCCUGCAGCCCCUUACUAACAUUACAUCCCUGGAGUUGCCGUAGCAACAACAGGAAGAGCCUGGGAGUGGGAACUCCAUCCCCAACGCUGUCUCGGCCCCUGUCCCCCCUCUCCGUCCAUGCAGCAGCCAGCAGUCCGCUAGACAGCCCAAGGAAUGUCUCCACCAGUGCCUCCGUCAACUUCCCCUUCGCCCGCAGGGCUGAAGGAAGGAGGUGGUCGCUGGCCUCUCUCCCCUCUUCAGGCUAUGGAACCAACCCACCCAGCUCCACCGUCUCGUCGUCCUCCUCAUCUCAGGAGCGUCUCCAUCAGCUGCCUUACCAGCCCACGCAGGACGAGCUGCACUUCCUCUUCAAGCACUUCCGCAGCUCCGAGAGCGUAACCGACGACGACGGACGACCCUCCGCACAGACGCAGAUGAGGCCGCGAUCACGUAGUCUCAGCCCUGGCAGGACGAGUGGCUCGUUUGACAAUGAGAUCGUCAUGAUGAACCACGUGUAUAAGGAGCGCUUCCCAAAGGCCACAGCGCAGAUGGAGGAGCGCUUGCGUGAGGUGGUGACCCAGUGCUCCCCGGACAGCGCCCUGCCCCUGGGGGACGGCGUGCUGGGCUUCAUCCAGCACCAGCUGGUCGAGCUGGCCAGAGACUGCCUGGACAAGUCCCGCAAGGGCCUCAUCACCUCCCGCUACUUCAUGGAGCUGCAGGAGAAACUGGACAAGCUAUUGCACGAGGCGUUUGAGCGUUCGGAGAGUGCGGAGGUGACGGUGAUUAGUCAGCUGGUGAGGAAGAUGCUGAUCAUCAUCUCCCGGCCGGCCAGGCUGCUGGAGUGUCUGGAGUUUGAUCCUGAGGAGUUCUACCACCUGCUGGAGGCUGCGGAGGGCCAUGCCAAGGUCGGCCAGGGCAUCAAGACCGACAUCCCCCGAUACAUCAUCAACCAGCUGGGCCUCAACCGAGACCCGCUCGAUGGCAUGGUGCAGUUGGACCAGUACGAUUCCACCCCCUCACUGACCGUGGAGUCGGAGGAGUCACCUGAUCAGAACCGCUCUCUGCUCACACCCCCUCGCAGGAAACCGUUGGAGAGCGAUUUCGAGACUAUCAAACUCAUCAGCAACGGGGCUUAUGGGGCUGUGUACUUGGUGCGACACAAGGAGACUCGUCAGCGGUUCGCAAUGAAGAAGAUCAACCGUCAGAACCUGAUCCUGAGGAACCAGAUCCAGCAGGUGUUUGUGGAGCGUGACAUCCUCACCUUUGCCGAGAACCCCUUUGUAGUCAGCAUGUUCUGCUCCUUCGAGACGAGACGACACCUGUGCAUGGUAAUGGAGUACGUGGAAGGUGGUGACUGUGCCAACCUGCUGAAGAACAUGGGGCCGCUGCCCGUGGACAUGACGCGCAUGUACUUCGCCGAGACCGUGUUGGCCCUCGAGUACCUCCACAACUAUGGCGUCGUGCACCGCGACCUCAAACCAGACAAUUUGCUGAUCACCUCCAUGGGUCACAUCAAGCUGACGGACUUUGGGCUGUCCAAGGUGGGCCUGAUGAAUAUGACUACCAACUUGUAUGAGGGACACAUGGAGAAGGACACCCGCGAGUUUGUGGACAAGCAGGUGUGCGGCACCCCAGAGUACAUCGCUCCGGAGGUGAUCCUGCGUCAGGGCUACGGCAAGCCGGUGGACUGGUGGGCUAUGGGGGUCAUCCUGUAUGAGUUCCUGGUAGGCUGCGUCCCCUUCUUCGGAGACACACCUGAGGAACUAUUUGGACAGGUGGUCAGCGAUGACAUCAUAUGGCCGGAUGGGGAUGAUGCUCUGCCUGUCGACGCCCAGAACCUCAUCACCCGCCUGCUAAGACAGAGUCCACUGGAGAGACUUGGCACAGGUGGCGCUCCAGAGGUGAAGCAGCAUCCCUUCUUCUUUGGUCUGGACUGGAACGGCCUGCUCAGGCUGAAGGCAGAGUUCAUCCCUCAGCUGGAGUCAGAAGACGACACUAGCUACUUUGACACUCGAUCAGAACGCUACCACCACCUGGGAUCAGACGAGGAUGAGGAGACUAAUGAUGAAGAGUCGUCCCUGGAGAUACGCCAGUUCUCCUCCUGGUCCAACCGCUUCAGCAAGGUGUACAGCAGUACGGAGCACCUGGCGACCCCCUGUAACCUGAGCCUGUCGUCGGAGCGCAGCCCCAGCGAGGACAAGGACGAUGGCCGAGCCCAUUCCCCUUCCCCCUCCCCAUCCCCAUCCUCCCUCGGCACUGACAUGCUCCGCACGCCCGACGAGAGACGCCUUUCCGCACAGAGGGCCAGUUUGCGGGUGCGUGCCUCCUCCGGUUCCUCCCAGUCUGAGCGCAGCACCAGUCCUCUGGUCAUCAGCAGCACACACAGUCUGGAGACCAUGCCACGCUUCGCACUAUCCACCGACGACGAGGCAGAGGUGGUGGUCUCCAACCUGCACCGCAUCCGUAUCCGUAGCAACAGUACGGGCGCCAAGCACUCGUCUCCACGGGAGCAAGGGGGAUGCUCUCGCCAGCGCUAUGGCAACCAGCUGGACACGCCCGACAAGCACAGCAGAGAACGUCACUCUAUAGGCCGGGUACCCAAGUCAGCAUCCGUAUCCGCCCUGUCUCUCAUCAUCACCGCAGAUGAGGCGUGUGGCGGUCUCCAGGCUAGCCCCAUCUCCCCGCGCUCCCUCUCCUCCAACCCCUCGUCCCGAGACUCCUCCCCCAGCCGCGGGGACCUGUCCCUCAGCCUCAGCUGCCUGCGCCCCCCCAUCCUCAUCCACUCCUCGGGCAAGAAGUACGGCUUCACGCUGCAGGCCAUCCGCGUCUACAUGGGAGACUCAGACGUCUACACCGUGCACCAUGUCGUCUCGAGUGUGGAGGAGGGGAGCCCAGCUCAUGAGGCCGGUCUUAGGGCCGGUGACCUCAUCACCCAUGUCAACGGGGAGUCAGUCCAGGGGCUCAUGCACACAGAGAUGAUGGAACUGCUGCUGAAGAGUGGCAACAAGGUGGCACUGCAGACCACUGCUCUGGAGAACACGUCCAUCAAGAGGGGCCCUGCGCGCAAGGCCAGCUACAAGGGCAAGAUGGCCCGGCGCAGCAAGAAGAGCAAGCGCAGGGAUACACAGGACCGUCGGCGUAGCAUCCUGAAGAAGUUGUCCAGGCAGAGUGGGGUCAUGCAGAGCAGUCGCAGCUUCUCCUCGGCUUCUGGCCUGCAGCACUCGGUCUCCUCCAGCGAGAGUCUGCCCGGAUCCCCCACACACAGCCUCUCCCCUGGGCCCUCCACGCCAUGCAGGAGCCCCGCACCAGACCACCACCCCUCAGACGCCGUGUCUCCCCAGAGCACCUCCCCAUGCUCCAGCUCCCCCGGCUCCCCGGCGGCCCACAUCCGGCCCAGCUCCCUGCAUGGCCUGGGCUGCUCUAAGCUGGCGGCGGGCAGCCGCUACACCAAGGCGGGCCGCCGCAAGUCCACCAGCAGCAUCCCGCCCUCGCCGCUGGCCUGCACCUCGCCGCAGCGCUCCCCUUCCCCACUCCCCAACAUCGCCAAGGCCCUGCAGCUGCAGUCCUCCUCCUUCCACGGGCGCACCCUCUCCCCGCCCACGCUGGUGCGCCAGGCCGUGGGGAGGCCGCGCAGCGCCGAGCCCCCUAGGUCGCCCCUCCUGAAGCGGGUACAGUCGGCGGAGCGCCUCCCCGGCGCGUCCUACCACCACCAUCAGCACCACCAGCAGCAGCAGCACGAUCAUCGCAAGGCCUUCGCCCCGCGCAGACACACGCUGGAGGUGCCGCACGCCGACCAGGACGCCCUGGCAGAGCUGGAUGCUGAACUCAUGUGUCUCGGUGGAGGUGGAGGAGGGGGUGGGCGUCUGGGCUCGUACGGCACCCCCCAGCGGCUGUGGGUGUCGGCGGGGGGCACGGAGCAGCUGGUGGUGAUGCGCAAGCUGAAUCUAUCAGAGCGGCGCGACUCCUUCAAGAAGCAGGAGGCCGUGCAGGAGGUGAGCUUCGACGACCCAGACGAGAAGCCCACGUCGACGGUCACCGUGACCACCACCGCCGCCUCCUCCCCUCUGGCCACCAGCACCUCCGUCACCUCCUCUUCUACCUCCACCUUGGCGAUGCCACCCAGCCCGCCCCGGCACCAUCGCGUGGCCUGGCUGACGGUGCGAUCUGCAGAGUCGUACGGGGGGGAGGAGGAGGGAGGCGCGGCAGGAGGGGUGGUGCUGAGGAGGUGUCCCCUGGUGCCGCAGAUCGCGGUGCAGGGCUCCGAGAGCGAGGAGCAUGACGACUGGGAACCCUGCUCUGACGAGGAGGAGGAGGAGGAGGAGGAGGUGCAGGUGCAGGGAGAGGAAGAGUCGACCACCACCACCACUACUACCACACUGGAGGCAGAGAAGGGCGGCAGUGCUGGAACGCAAGCACAGCCAUCGCCUGCCUCAACUACCAACACCUCCACUUCCAGCUCCACCUCGGCCAUGCCUGGCAACGUGCAGUGGGUGGUGUCUAAAGUCAGUCCCCCCAGCCCCCCUAAAGGGAAGAAGCAAAAGGAGAAGUGAAACUAUACUACUUUAUCUCCAUAAAGUGGAGAGAGCGAGUAGAAGGGGGAAAAAAUAGAGUCAAGUGGUCGUGUUUCCUACAGCAGUGUCAGCGACCUGGUUUAGUCCUAAUGGGACUGUGGAGCAGUCGUUGCCAGCCGCCUCAAAGCUGAACGCAUUUUGUAAUUUUGGACAGUUCUGGUCAAAAUUGUCAAAUCUUCCUGAUGGUAUUUUUGUACUUUUUUUUCUCUUUUUUUGUAAAUAUGUAAUUGAGAAAGUUCAGAGGUACACUGGGAGAAACUGGCAGUCAUCCGAAAAUGUUCCCACUAUGAAGCUUGAAGACCAGACCAAGUAGCCAAGAUCAAGCUGAUGAAUUGUUUCUUAUUUAGCAGAUACAUGAGGGCCUGGGAGGGUUUUUGUUUGUUUUAUUUAGGGGUUUUUUUUGUUUUUUUUGUGGAUUUUUAAAAUGUAUUUAUUACUGAUAUACAAAUACAUGUUUUCGGCUGCUUUUGGCUGAUUGGCUUUGAGUGGACACACAACACCAGUCCAGCUAAUGAAAAAUGUAGCUGAAGAAAGUUCAAGCACAAUUCUUCUCAGGCCAGGGAAUCUGAGGUCAGUUGGAAAAAAAGACUAACUUUACUCUCUUUUGUUACAUACAACAUUCCUCUCUCUGCUAGUCACCUGGAUUUGCAGGUGCUCAUCUUUGCUUUUAUUUAUGAAUGAUGAACGUGCGUAUGGCCAGCCAGGAAGCUAAAUGGGAUGCGAGUCUGUAAGCCAUAUCUCACACUGAGGUAUUUUCGUUAUCGUUGUUUAUACAGUAAUCUCCUUCCAUCUCCGCCAGGUGUAGAGAGAUCCAUACUACUACAUGCUGGGCAGGUGUUUUUUUCCUCCAUCUUAUGUUAGGGUCCUCAGUGAUCCACACAACAACUAUGGACUUGUACAAUGGACAACUUUUACAUGUUUUUAUGAAAAGGGGGCAUGGACUUGAUUGCUAGUGGAAUUGGAAACCUGGACAAAUUCUGAGACACACACACACACACAUACACGCACACACACUUUGUAAGUACGUCUUGCCUUGGCAGUGGGGGUCAAUCUGACAUCUCUCUCCUGCUGCUCUAUUGUUCUGUGUGUGUGUGUGUGUGUGUGUGUGUGUGUGUGUGUGUGUGUGUGUGUGUGUGUGUGUGUGUGUGUGUGUGUGUGUGUGUGUGUGUGUGUGUGUGUCUUAUGCAAUCCUAACCUUUGACCCCCUCCGUCCAGCCCUGCAUGAGGCUGUGUCGCCCUUUUCUUCUCCUCUCCUCUCCUCGCGACGUUUGACGAAGUGGGCUCGCUCGUCUUGGCUUCCUCUGUAUUCUACGGGUUAAUGUUUACAUGUGGACUGUCCUCAUUCACCGUCCAAACUUGCCACGCUGCACGCACGCUCUGUCCCACUGAAGGAAGGGAAGAGAAACGAGAGAGAAAGAAAGAGAGAGAGAGGGGGAAGAACAAGAAUGGAAGGAUGAACGAACGAACGAACAGAUGGAUGAAUGGAUGGGUGGUUUGAU